AUGUUGGUGCCAGUGAAAACGUUCCAGCAAAUGUUCAAUGCACAAGGGGGGGACUCGGAAGAGCGGCUCCAAGAGGACGUCGACGUUGAGAAGAAUGCAGGCUUUGAUUCUCAUGUACAGAGCUCAUCAUCACCCGAAGAGCCCUCCACAAGCACUAGUACCACGCCUAAACGCAGCCUCUCGCGCAUCUUUGAGAUGUUUCACGAAGGUGAACGCAAUGAAGCCCUUCAAAGACAAGGGUAUAUAGACACGGGCGACGACUCGGAAGAACCAUCGGAUAUGCGUUCAACAAACAAUAGGCUCGGGGCAUUUUGUCGGCGAAUCCACUCGCUUCCAUGGACCAACAGCCUUGGCACGGUGUCGCCGUCCAAUCACCACUCCUCGGGCCAAGAAAAAACGCAAACGCCAACGUACCGCAUUUUCCCCAUCUUUUCCGGCAUCGUGGUCCCCUUCUCCAUUCUCCUCUCCAUUCCGAGCCUCACUGAGCAUUGGUAUGUCCGAACGGGGCCCGAUGGCAAGCUGAUCGAGACCAGGCCGAACCCUCGCCUGCUGGAUGUCGCGAUCGCCACUAGCAUGACUUGUGCGCUUGUCGCUUGCGCGUGUCUGGUGUCUCGGUUUACCGAGCGAAAAGUAAAAUUAAUGACGUUGCUCUGCAUAAUUUUCCUUACGGUCCAUGACAUCUUUAAUAUUACCGUUGUGACGAUCUUUGGUGUGCAGCAUCGUUUCGAUGAUGGGUUCACCUAUGGGCAGGCGUUCUGGAUGACUGUUUGCUCCACCAUUGCAUCAACUAUCACAAACGUCACCUUGAUGAUUGACUAUUUUAGAACUCCCGGUUUUGAUAAUAGUGGGAGUGGAUUAACUCACAAGCAGCGUUCGUUGGUCAUUAUAGUCAUCAUCCUGCUGUGUUACAUCGCCAUUGGCGCCCUCAUCUUGGCUUUCCUCCUCAAGCUUUCAUUUAUUGACGCGCUGUACUUGACCGUCGUUUCAAUCGAAACCAUUGGAUUUGGAGACAUCCACCCCAACACCCCCAUUUCCUACGUGAUCGUCUGCACUUACGUCACAUUCGGAAUUAUCAACCUCGCACUCGCCGUGGCUCUAUCACGCGACGCUAUCAUGGAGGCAGUCUCCGUGAAUCUUCAAGCACGCAUGCGUGCCAUCCGCGUGCGUGAUCGCGAGCGACGGAUCAACCUGCGCUGGAGAAAGGCUGUAAAAUGGAGAUUGAGAGCUAGAAGGCUGCCGGUGUGGGUUGCCGAUAAAUCGAUGGAUAGAUGGUGGAAUAUCUUUUGCCUCAAACGAAAGACUGAAGCAACGUGGAAGUACACGCCUGGCCCACGCCGUAAACGCCUCAACAUCGAAGGUCUGACGUUGGCGCAAUUGGAAGCUGCUGCGCUGGAAGCUGGCGCCCCUCUCGUUAACCUCUUGCCUGCCGGCUACAGUCCUAGAGUUGUUGGCGUCGCUUUGGAUAGUGGGCAAGAGCCGUUGACGUAUGUUCGUAUUGGCGGUAUGAUAGCUAUGCUUGGGAGGUUCGCUUUGGCUAUGGGCCACAGCUCGGGUAGAAAUUCAGAAACGCCAGUUUUCGACACGGAUGACGACGAUCAAGACGAUUCAGAAGGCAUUGCCAGUGGACGUGGCCACGGUGUACCAUUCACGCGGACAACAACCAUGGAGCCGGAUCUAUUUGAGGCUACGGUGGAGGCGGAAGAGAAGGCUGCUUUUUAUGCCCGUUUAUCGUGUGCCUUUGGGCUCUUCCUUCUUUUCUGGAUGGCUGGCUCCGCCAUCUUUAUGACUACCGAGAGUUGGACUUUUGGACAAGCUGUGUAUUUUUGUUUCGUAGCAUUCACCACGCUAGGAUAUGGGGACUUCUCACCUCGCACACCAGCCGGUCGUUCUAUUUUUGUUGUAUGGGCGCUUUUGGGAGUAGGCGCCAUGACUAUUCUGAUAUCGAUUGUCUCCGAAGCAUAUUCAAAGCAAUAUCAGAGUGCUAUCCGCGCCGAGGUAUACCAGCGGAGGCUGAAUGCUUUUGUUGAUCGUGAUACCGUUCAGCAACGAUUCCUAGACUCUCGCACGGCGGUAGACCACUCGUUUAUUCUGUCCACGGUCAACCGCCGACUUGGAGAGCAGAUAACAUCCAUGUCUACCAACGCAGAAAUGUUUACUCCCCACGAAUCGGCUGAUAUCGACGAUCAAAGUCCCCAAGCUGGGCAAUCCGUCAGCUUUGAGGAGGUCGAACCUCCUUUACCUCUAUCCCUCAACAUGGACGCCAUACACGCGUCCGUUUCCGCCAGGAGUGGUCAUGAUAGCCAUCAUCCCAGCCCAAUCCGGAUACUUCGUUCCGACUUAAGGCGUACGAGAUCGCCCACUGAAGCGUCAGUCGGGGCACUGGCACAUCACAUCUUACAGCAUGUUCAGCAUGUACAGUCAUUGCUCGGCGCGGAUACCGCGUUAAUAAAUCCUGAUAGACUAACUGGAAAUGAAGUCAGCUCGGUUGAAGGGUGGGAAUUGCGCAUGUCCAGCGUAGAAGCAUCCUUACGGGAGUUGGUCGUUGUUGCAAAGGAAGCACUGGCAACGAAUAAUCCGGAAUUUGACUGA